AUGCCUGGAAUUGGAAGUCACUCUCUGCUGCUUGCCAGUCUUACAGAGUACAGAACCUCUCUCAAAACCAUUGGACCCUAUUCCUGCCGCUACUCUCAAUUCUCAGGUAUCCUCGAGCUCUGAGAAGUCGCUUUUGGCAGUAAUUGUCUCUCGUUAUGUUGAACAUGGUUUUUUUCCCUUUCCACCCUUACACUCGUUUAUGACUUCACUUGACCGCUCUCUCUCUGCGCACUUUUCCAUAUCUCUCCAUGGGAGCCAUAGUAACGGAUUGGCGAAAGCUGCCUCUCAGUCUCACUGAGCUGUGCAUCGAGACGACACUCCGCUGCGGACAGUCGUUCCGAUGGCGCAAAAUAAAUGAACAAUGGCACUGCGUACUGCAAGGUCGCUUGAUCUCGCUCAAGCAGGAUUCGGAACACCUGCACUAUCGAGUAAUAUGGCCGAAGCCAGCUAACCGCCUUCUCACCCCCCCCUCCUCUGUUCCUUCGGCAUCGCCAUCGCCAUUGUCCACCAUGGGGACGGCAGGCGAAGAUUCCAAAGAGGAUGACACGGCGUCACUCUUGCACAGUUACUUUGCUCUCUCGCUUUCGUUAUCUUCACUCUACCAGCAAUGGGCUGCCUCAGACGCCAACUUUGCUCGUCGGGCACCCGCCUUUACCGGCAUUCGCAUUCUCAAUCAAGACGCCUGGGAGGCCCUGGUGGCCUUCAUCUGCAGCAGCAACAACAACAUCUCGCGCAUCAGCCAGAUGGUGCAAAAGCUCUGUAUUCACUACGGCCCCUACAUCGGAACUGUCGAAGGCGAACCCUUCCAUGACUUCCCGGCCCCGGAAGCCCUAUCGGGCAGCCAAGUGGAAGCCCAUCUUCGCCAGCUCGGCUUUGGCUACCGUGCGAAGUAUAUUGCUGAAACAGCCCGCAUCAUUGCCUCCGAGAAACCCAGAGACUGGCUGCUGCAGCUUCGAAACCCCGCCUGUCCGGCCCUUGGCACGGCUAUCAACACUACGACGGCGGCAGUCGGCAAGACCAAGGACUCAGACCUAGGCGGCAGCGCCCCGGCACCACAAGGGCCGUCGUCAUCGCCGUCUCAGCUGCCAACCUACCGCGCAGCCCACGAAGCCCUCCUCACCCUGCCGGGCGUUGGUCCCAAAGUGGCAGACUGCGUCUGCCUGAUGGGUCUGGGCUGGGGCGAGGCCGUACCGAUCGACACGCAUGUAUGGCAGAUUGCACAGCGCGAUUACGGCUUCGGCAAGAAGCUGAGCAAGAGCAAGACGUUCAGCAAGGCCAUGUACGACGCCGUCGGCGAUCACUUCCGCGCCGUCUGGGGGCCGCACGCCGGCUGGGCACAGAGCGUGCUGUUCACGGCGAACCUGAGAUCUUUUGCCGGCCAGGCUGCUGCCGGGGCCACUGGCGGUUUUGAGAUUAAGAAGAAGGAAGAGGUGGCGGUCGCAGGAGGGGAGGAAAGAGGAGGAGAGGACCUGGCAGACAUGACCGUAGACGCGGUGGCGAUUGUCAAGGUUGAGGAGGGGCGUGAGAAAACGGGUGCAGUGGUGGACGGGCACGCAAUCGGUCGAAGAAGCAGGAAAAGAAAAGUGACCACCGUGGUACAAGUUUCCGAGGUUAACGGAGGUCAUGUACAGGCUGUAGAGGUGAGCAUCUCAACGCGGAGGAGAACGAGUAAGAGGAUCAAACCUGCAGGCAGGUAAUGGCACCGCAUCGAUCCAAGGCAAACGACAGGCUGCUCAGCUUGUCUCCGUCCCUGUCGAGUGAAACAGAGGAUCCAGCAACAGCGCGCCGACAACAUGUCCUUGGAGGAAGGAGAAGAAAGAAACCAGAGCAAUAUCCAUCACUAACCUUAGCCAUGCACGA